UUGCAUGAUUCUGUCCAGCUUUUAGUCGAGCUAUCCCAGCGAACACCACCCACCCACCUUGCAGCUCUUUUCUGUACCUUUUCUAGAUCUUGGAUGUAUUUCUUUUGGUGGGGAUUCCAGACUGGUGAGCAGUACUCCAAGUGAGGUCUUACCAAAGCAAUGUAUGCCAAUUCUUUUGAGGUACGUGGUACAUGGUGGUGCCAUGCGAACUUUAAUCGGCAUGGUCUCGGGGCUAGGUUCUACCGCACUCGGGUCCGCUCUGCAAUUAACACACUCACACCUCGUACCUCCUCUGCAACGCAACUUGGCUUCUCAUUUGCUCUGACCAUUAAUCUCGGACCAUUAAUGAUGGCUACUGGCCAUGAUGGAAAUGAUAGUGUAGAGGCAUCGCCACUAAAUGGCCUGACCAUUGAAACACUAAAGAGAGAAACUAAAGUCACUGACAAGCAGCUUGACACAAGAGUAGAAGAAACUGACCUCCCAAAAUUAUCCUCAUAUUUCGACAACACGGAUGACUAUGUUGAAAUGCUGGAGCUCUCACCUGGACAGCAAACUGAUGUAAUUGAAGAGAAGGCUAGGACAGCCAUGAAUCGAACACAAACUGGAAUAAAGUUGGCUCUGAAAUACUGGUUAGACAGAGUUCUUGCGGACGGCACGUUCAGACCUCUGCUACUCAUCUUACUCUCCCUGGACAAAGGAGACGUUGCUAUCAAGGUGGCACAGUACUUGUUAGCCAAAGGUGGACCCGGAAUACUGACUUUAAAAGCUGAAUGUGAUGGUGCUCAAGAGGAAACUGAGAUUUCUCACAAUGAUACUAUCAUCCCUACUAUGACUUCACUGAAAACACAGAUCGAAGAACUAGAGAAAAUGUGCAAGAAGCUUGCUAGUAGUGCAUUCGAAUACCUUCACACUCACUCUAUUAGCAUCAGUUUGUUUGAAGGCAAGGUUGCAUGCAUGGGAAUUUCACUGAGAGCUAGCACAAUCGAUUUCCUGGACGACUGCCUUGAUAAAAUUGAUCACAACGCAAGCAUUUCGAAACUCUGGAGGAAACUAAGUGUUUUAUGGGAUUUUCUCAACUUCGAAUUCUUGGAGCAUGUAAUUGACACUUUCAUUCCUAAAAGAGAGCCGAUUUGGAAGGAGUUGGUACAAUACACGAAGGAGGUUGAAGCAUUCUGCUCGAGGACUAAAGUUCAGGAUUUUUUUCAAGCCUGGCCAUUUCGUAUGAAGAAACCAGAGGAGACAAAGGUUCGAACGAUGACUUUGAAAGCUGACAGAAGCUGGGAGGAGUGUACACUUGAAGAUAUUAAAAAAACGACCAACGCCCUAGCUCAAUUGCUUUCCAUGCCACAUCAUUUCCUUCUCCUACGAAAUGUUGAAGAGGGCUGUGUGAAAAUUCUCUGGUACGUUCCCCCCUCUUUGGCUGAUUUUAUUAGGGAAGCUGUGAUUGUAAUGAAACCUGAGGAAAUGGUGCAGCACGGUUUCACGUCUAUUGCGAUUGAUGGAAUCCAAGUUUAUCCGUUCACUGCGACUCAGCAUUGUUAUGUACAUCUUCGAAGGUUAUACGAAUUGAAAUUCAGCUGUUUGAAAUCGUCCAAGCAUUACAAUGGUGCCCUCAAACCUUUCAAACUUGCAGCACUCGAGAAACCAAUUAUAUCUUCAAAAUCUGAUCCCUACACUAGAAAAUAUCUUAGAGGCAACAAAGAUGAUGUGUGGUAUCAUAAGUCACCAACCAUCUUAGGCAAUUUGAUCUACCUUCGCAAUGGCCGACGUAGUCGACUAAUCUUAAUAGAGGGAGCACCUGGUGUUGGUAAAACUACUUUGACUCGAAUUGCUUGCCUCAAAUGGGCAAAAAGGGACAUCCUCACUGACAUAUCCUUGUUGAUUCUUUUCCCUCUUAGAGAUCACAAUUUGAGGGAUAUUUCAAGUCUUGCCGAUCUACUCGCUUUCGUAACUCAAGGAGAAAAGUCGCUAGUGGAGGAGCUCAUACAGUGCAAAGGUGAGGGUGUUGUGUUCUGGUUGGACGGCUGGGAUGAAAUAGAAUCGAGCCUUGAUUCUUCUUCUGUGUACAGAGCACUCGUUGCUGGUACAAUCUUACCUAGAGCUAGAGUGAUUGUGACAAGCCGACCCUGGGCCACUGACUUCAUCAAACAAUUUCAGAAUGACCGAGCAUUCAAGCAUAUCGAAAUCAUAUCGUCUGUUGAAGAUGAAAUCGAUUGGAUAGUUAAGCUCAAGAAGAAAAUUGUGCCAUCAAAAAUUGUCACUUUUCUGGACGAUGUUAUUGCAUUUCUAGCGAAUACUCCGGCUAUCCGAGAGAACAUGCACACUCCGUUGGCUACAAGUAUUACACUUGAUGUCUACCAGUGGUGCUUGGACACAGGCUCCCCCCUUCCCACAACAGUGACCCAGCUGUACACUUCGUACAUAUGUUGCUGCAUUCACAAGUACCUAGACAAGCAUCCUCACUUGAAGGACACAAUCUGGAAAAGCAACCAUUUACAAGAUCUUCCUGAACCUAUAAAAUCGUGGUUCAUUAGUAUUUCUCAACUGGGUUUGGAUGGGUUGCUGGAUGGUAAACGGCUGGUGUUCCCUGAUGUUCCCAAAAAUCUCAGACUGGAGGCUCUGGGACUGAUGCAGGCACAAGACCCACUCUACACCAGUGGAGAUUCUGCUGUUGUUAGCUAUCACUUCAACCAUUUGUCUGUUCAGGAGUUCCUUUUUGCACAGCUCCUUUCUUGGCUGACUCCAGAAGAACGAAACAAGGUAGUGGAGCAAUGCAUAGUCAGCAAUCACUUCACCAUGGUUCUGAGGUUUCUAAGCGGACUAAACAAAUCCGUUCCUGUCUCUUUGGCUAAAAUUCAAGAAUUACUUGAUUCAGGAGAAGAAAAACACAAGCUGACCAUAUUUCACUGGCUAUUUGAAGGCUGCGACAAAAAAACCAUUGCCGAAAUCUUUGGAGAAAGAAAAAUGAAAAUUCAUUCUGACUACACGUGGUCAAAUCUCGACUAUUACGUAGCUGGUUAUUGUAUUGCUCGAUCAAAAUGUCAGUGGUGUAUCGAUUUCAAUGGAGCUAUAAUGGGAGAUCAGAAAAUGACAACAUUUUUGCAAUCUUGCAGCUGUGAAGAUAAUCAACACGCUCUUGUUUCAUCAUUGAAACUGUCCUCGAAUGAGCUUACAUCGAGUAGCCUUUGUCACCUCCGAAACAUACCUCCUUCCUUUAUAAGCCAGCUGAAAGAAGUCGACCUGUCUAGUAACAGCCUUGACAACACCGCUUUAGAAGAAAUAGCUUCAAUAAUCCCUCACACACCACACUUGAAAAUGCUUAAUCUCUGUUUGAAUAAAAACAUAACAAAUGGUGGGGCGGUUCCUGUACUAUCCGCACUUAAUGAACACCGGUAUCUGACAGAGUUAUACUUGCAGUGCACUCAAAUGGGCAAACAGGACUGCAAGCAUUUAGCUAAGCUUUUGUGUUCGAGUCAAUCUCUGAAGAUCUUGAAUGUUGGUAAUAAUUCUCUUUCUUCUGAUUCUGUCUGCACCUUGUUUCAAGGACUGCAAUACAGUAACUGUCUAAAACGAUUUCUAUUGUACUCGAAUUGGAAGGAGGGACCAAAUUCUGUCUCACUUGAUUCGAUGAAGUUACUCCGUGCUUUUCUGCAAGAUAGGGACAAAUGUAAACUUGAGACAUUAGACCUGACAAGUUGUGAUAUUCAACCUGAAUCUGCUUCUGAGUUGGCACAAGGUAUCGCUGGAAAUAGCACAGUCAAGGAAUUACGAUUGUGUGGCAAUCCAAUCGGCGAUAAAGGUGUUACAUCGCUUGCCCAAGUGUUAGCUGAAAACACAUCGAUCACUGAGCUUGAUUUCAUGCAUUGCAACAUAACUACCAUUGGAGGAACAAACCUGGCCUCAUCUCUGGUGGCCAACUCAGCAGUCAAAGAGCUAUACAUUGGCGGCAACUUAAUGUUUGAUCAAGAUGUUAAAAACUUUUCUAGGUUAUUGCUAACGAACAAGACGUUACAAAUUCUUGAUAUUCGAGAUGAUGCUUCAUUAACACAGUCUAACAUUAGCACAAUUCUCAAGUAUUUGUCAGAAAACCGAACACUAAAAAAACUAUACCUACCGGAAGUGCUCAAACCGAAGGUGCAUAGUCAAGAUGAUAGAGUGGAGUGGAUUCACAAAAUGUAUUUAUAGAUUAUGAGUAUAAUUAUAAUUAUGAUUAUUAUGAUAAUUAUUAUGAAACCGAUCAGCUGUAUGAAUUGACUGUAUAGCGCGAAAUUUUCGAGGCACUUAAAUAGCCUUCUAUAAAGCAUUAAUUUUCGUUAAAUAAUGUUCGUGCAUGGGUUGGCUGCUUACAUACCGGAUUGAAGCCACGUCACGCCUUUAAUCUUUAAUGCAUGCUAUAUAUAAUUUUAUAUGUAGCAGAUAAUUUUUGGAUUGCUAACACACGAAAACAGCGAAAAUUAAGCCCCUCGAAAAUGUUGCGCUAUACGGUAUCUGGUAUAGUGCAUCUAAUCUUAAUAUGAGUGUAAAUUAUGGGAUAUUAAUUUACCUUUUUACCCUGUCAAACCUCUUCUGACGUAUAUAACGUACAUUGGAUGGCCGCCAUUUGUGAACACUUGCGAACAGUUAUAAUUAUAGUAAGCACACACAUGGUGAUUUUUGGAAAUCAUUAUAGCAUAUAGUGAUACUAGUGUACAUAUGUAGUUGAACGGUCCCACUUAAUACUAUAGCUAGUGUACGUUGAUCAUCUUCAGUCAAGGAGACGCGAGAAUGGCAUGAGCAGUUUUGCUUUUCCUUAAUAAUCUUCCCCAUGAUUAUUGUCUUACGAGUGCGACAAUUACUGCGUGGGGGAAGAGCUCUUCUUUCUCCUAAAGAUACGUCGCAUGUACUAUAGACUAGAAUGGGCAAAA